CGGUACAAGAACAGACGGAGUUUAUUCUAUUCACCAGAUGGAAGAUGUCCUUUCUUUGUGUAUUGCGAUAUGACGAACGGGGGUUGGACUUUGAUCCAGAAUCGGAUUGACGGUAAAGUAAACUUUUAUCGGCCAUGGAAUGAUUACGUUAGUGGGUUUGGUGAUAUCGAUGGCUCUCACUGGUUAGGUUUGGAGAAAAUUCACCGUCUAACUCGAGAAGGCAGUCAGAUACAUUUUGAUAUAGAAAAUUAUGAUGGGACAAAAGAUUAUGCACAUUACCAAGUGUUUACAGUUCAAGGAGCGGCAACUGCAUACACUAUGAACGUAGAUGCCUUUAAUUAUGAGGGCAGCAUUGACGAACUACUAACUUACCAUAACAAUAUGAAAUUCUCAACGUAUGACAGGGACAACGAUAUUCAUUCAAGUAAUUGCUGUGUUAAGUACGACGGGGGAGGAUGGUGGUAUAGAGAUUGCUACAUGUUGGGAAACCUGAAUGGUGUAUAUGGUAAAACUCAGGAAGGUGGCAUCAGCUACUGGGGAUCAGUAGGGAAUAUUCCGAUUCAAAAGGUUACUAUUAAGGUGAAAGACAUACAUGGUCAAUGUUUUAAAUAAAACUCAGAAGUGAAAAUGCCAUUUUCUCGUUUUCUUUAACAAUUAGACAGCUUUUAACGAAGGAAUGCUGUUGCUAGACUUUACAUUUUUAUGUGAUUUCAUGUGCCUGUUUACUGAAUUACGAAAUUUUAUAUGCUAACAUUUUCAAAUGUGUUAUAUUUAUUUUUAUUAAGAAAGUAUAUACAGUCAAUCGUGUCUGUAAAGACCACCAAUUGGAAAUGAAAUAAGUGGCUUUUGUUGACAGGUGGCCCUGAAAGGACGUAACUUUACACAUUUUAUGGAAUAACGGGAAGAGAAAACAGUGGCCCUUACAAUACGGUUUUAUAGUAGUGGCCUUUAUUUAGAUGUUCUUUGCAACAGUUUUUUUUUCCAGGAUUUUUAUGUCGAAAAUUAAUAGCAAAUCAACAAAAUAUGGCUAACAAUGUACCAUUUAACCAAAAAGUUUCACUUGCUGCGAAAAUAUUUUUAACCCUUAUGU